CGUUGAAGCGAGGCGUGCGUGCUGAAAGUUUUGUGUCGGCUAAGCGGGGAAAAAUAUUCAUAUAAAAUACAAAAUGGAAGAGCUUGCAGUCGAAGUAUGUGGUGAUAAUUGUGCGUACUAUAAGGGCAUCGUUACGGACGUUUUCGACGAUGGUGUGCUAGUGGAGUUUGAAAAUGAGUGGCAGGCGGAGGCCAAGUUUCAUUUCAAUCAAGUACGGUUACCACCUGGCGAUAAUACGACCAGUCUCGCCGAGCGCAUGGAAGUGGAGGUUUUUUCACGUUCGGAUGACAAUGAAGCAUGCGGCUGGUGGCGGGCAAUGUUAAAGGUAAGCGAACUUAGCUUAGAAAACACAAAAAAGUCCUUGAUAAUAAAUAGAAUGGCAAAAACAUUAUUGUCAUUGAAAGUCCACGAUCUGUGCAGUGUCAGUGCUGCGAGCCAAUCACACCAAACAACGCUAUCAAACUUCCAGAUGAUGAAGGGCGAGUUCUUUGUCGUUGAGUAUGUCGGAUGGGAUCACAACUACACCGAGAUCGUGCACUCCGACCGGAUCCGUCCAGUUAACACGAAUCCACCAAUCAAUGAAAAAACUUUCCACCGAUUCGAAAUCGUCGUGCCGCAAGAGGUGCAGGAGUAUGCUAAAAUUGAUGGUGUUCAUAAGGAGUUUCAAAAAACGAUUCGUGCUGCCAUCUGCCGAUACGUGUCAGAACAGGGUGUUUUACGCAUCAUCUCUCGGACCAAUGCGACCCAACGACGCGCCACGAUGAUUCAAGAUAUGUACUUUAGAAACCUCAACCAGAAGGUGAUGUUACUGAAAAGAACUGAAGAAGCUGCCCGGCAGCUCGAGUCGACGAAACUUCAAAACUAUGGCGGAUUUACGGACGAGUUCAAGGUGAGAGAAGAUUUAAUGGGCCUUGCUAUAGGUGCGCACGGUAGUAACAUACAAAGUGCACGAAAGCUUGAUGGUAUAUUGAACAUCGAAUUGGAAGAAAAUUCUUGUACUUUCAAGAUAUCUGGUGAGUCUAGUGAAGCAGUGAAAAAGGCUCGAGCAAUGCUCGAGUAUAGCGAAGAGUCACUACAGGUGCCCCGAAAUCUGGUCGGUAAAGUGAUCGGUAAAAAUGGGCGUAUUAUUCAAGAGAUUGUGGACAAGAGUGGCGUGGUGCGCGUGAAGAUCGAAGGUGAUAACGAGCCUAAGCCAAGCAUGCCACGCGAAGAGGGUCAGGUACCGUUCGUGUUUGUUGGAACAGUUGAAUCCAUCGCCAAUGCUAAAGUGUUACUGGAGUAUCAUUUAGUGCAUUUGAAGGAGGUAGAACAGCUACGUCAGGAGAAACUAGAAAUCGAUCAACAGUUACGUGCGAUUCAAGGAUCGAGUAUCGGAUCGAUGCAAAACUUUACGUUGAACCGACGAUCGGACCGAUCAUAUCAGUACGAUGGAGAUGGGUUAUCGCGAUCAUACAGAGGCGGAGGAAUGCGAGGUCGCGGUGGAAGGGGUGGCAGAGGGUUGAAUCUUAAAUACUCUGGUACGCUUAGCACUGAAAACGAAGAAGAAGUAACGGUUAAGGAUCGAGGGCAACGAAGUAAUGCUUAUUCGGAUACACGGAACCGUAAUGUUAGAGGCUACAGUGAAAAAAGAGAUGGUGGAUCAUCUACCGGUAGAAAUAAUGGGGGUGGUAAUGCAAAGCUUAAUGAUCGCAACAGACAACCGCCAUCGCAACAGCAGGAAACACAACAGGAUGACGCAAACGUCCGAAAUUUUCACGAGCAGGUUGCUAAACGAGAUGUCCACUAUACAACUUGGGGCGACUGGAAGGAAAAAUCUUGGGUGAGGGGUAUGAAUAUUGAACAUGAGAGUAACUCGUCGAACGAUGGGGUGCAGCAGCGGCUUCGAAGAAGGACGAAAACUUCAUCACAAAAAGGUAAACCGAAGUUGCUGUCAUUGCCAACAGCUAAUGUUAACACACAAACGACGGUUGCAACAUUGGCGACAACGAAUAAGACGACCAGUGUUAACAAUACAUGCAGCAAAUCCCAUGCUUUCAGUUCAAUGAACGUACCCAAUCAAGGUGAAAGCGUGGAUGAUAAAGGGAACACUGUCAGUACCAGCACUAACAAGCAAAUCCAGCAACAGCGGAACCAGCAGAUACAAUCUUCAGCUCCAAACCAUGUUCCUUUGGCGAUCAGUAAUACGAAUGGUACAAGUUCCGAUAGCUCUAAGGCCGCUUACGUUUUCGCCAAUAUCUCCAAGUCUAACAUGCGCCGUGGUCCAGCCUCUCGAGGUGUUGAUGAUUCUACUUGUGGCAGGCACAAACAGGACCCUACUCCACAUCAAUCAGCAGUGCAGAGUGAAUCGAUACAAACAGCCGGACAACAAACAACCAAAGUGUCGUUGCAUAGUCUGACUGAUUCCAAAGCAACAAGUGUUGCCGGGACAGCAACGACGUCGAAUACAGCAGAACAAGUUGUCAACAAAGAGGAUGCGUUGAUGAAUGGUUCGUCCUAAAGGUAGUAUAUAUGUAUAUAAGUAAAAGAAAGAUAUAAAAGUAAUGGAAUGCUGUUAAAAAAUAAUGGACAUUUGGAGGUAAUACUGCGUCUUUGAGACAAUUGAUUGAGAAAAAUUGGAGGAGAAUGAAGAGGAGAAUAUUGACUCAUAUUACUAGCAGUAGUUGGAUAGUAGUUAUAGCUGCUCUUGCGUUUACUGACAUUUUAAAAAAAGUACAAGAAAAUUGUAAAGAUCAAAUAAGGUGGAAACAUCCGAAGAAAUAAUGUAUGCAACAACAUUUUGUGUAGCUUUGUGUUACUGUAAAUUAUCAAGUCCUCUUUUCAUUGAACAGCUUAGAAACAAAUUGAGAAGACUAGAGUAAAAAAUCAUUUCUUGCAGUAUUCAUUGGUUUAACAAUCAACCCGAACAAAACCGUUCCUGUUUCCGGCCUUGAGUUAUUAAAAACAUAAUUGUAUGACGGAAGCAUUGAUAUCAUUUUCGACUGUUAGUUUUCCAGAACGCAACUCUACUUUGGCAUUGAAUACUGUGGCCAAAAGAUAACGAGAACGUUUGUCUUCGCUUAUCGUACUGUAGUGCAUAAUGAAUCCCUUCCAACCGAACAAACUGUCAACAAACAAUACUAUUCAUGGGUUAAGCGUCGUUUGCGUAAAGCUGUGUAUCACAAAAACCGAAUUUGUGGCGAGAAACAUCUUGGUUUUCGCUUCACGAGAAAUUGUUUGCAUCAUAUUUUCGUGAUUAUUUCUCCGCAAAAAUCAAGAGACCGAUCCGAGGACACUUUUUAAAUUAAUAGUUGAGAUAGGACCGAAACAAAAAAUGUGUUGAAGGCUAUUGCUAAAAAGAAUUUUCGGACUGAAAUUGGAACAAAUGUAGACACAGAUGUAUUGCAUAAAGUAGGGAUUAUUUUAAUGGUGAUGACAGAUUUAGAAGACUAAACAAAGACUUUUUGAGUUAUAAGCGAAUUCCCGAUAUUUUUUGGCCAUAGUAGGAAUUUAUCACAUUUAAAGCCGUUGAAAUAAUGGCAGUAAUAAAACAAUAAA